AUGCUAGGCUUGUCUCUUGGGCUACUUCUAGCCUCAGGAGGAACAUACACGGCACGAUUACCGGCCGCAACAAUCUCAAACAAGGCUAAUGGAGGUUCUAAAACCGUUUUUGUCGGCCGUACGCUUUCUGAAUUCGACCAAGAUGUCUUCCUGGGUAUCAAAUAUGCCGAUGAACCCACUCGCUUCACGCCAUCGGAACUGAAGACUAAAUAUGCGUCCAAUGACAGCAAUUCGGGACCAUUGAGCUUAAAUAGGGUCGGGCUUACUUCAAGCUCAGGAUCUGUCUUUUACAAUGCUACGCAAUAUGGAUACGACUGCCCCGCUUACGGGUCCGACACGACCAAACUAGUGAACAUGGGCCUUGCAAAGUUGAAUGAAGAUUGUCUGAAUCUGAACAUCAUUCGACCUAAGACUGAGAGUGAGGAGCUGCUACCUGUUAUGUUGUGGAUCUUUGGUGGUGGGUGGCAGCAGGGGGCAACCGCAGACCCUCGGUACAAUAUGAGCUACAUAGCUCAGCAAGGAGCCUUGAAUGGGAAUCCUGUCAUUGGAGUCUCCAUCAAUUAUCGACUGGCAGCUUUUGGAUUUUUGGAUUCCGAAGAAGUGAGGGCAGAAGGAAAUACAAAUCUAGCUCUCCGUGAUCAGAGAAUUGCCAUGCGCUGGGUAAAACAAAAUAUCCAAGCUUUCGGUGGUGGAGACCCCGAGAAGAUAACCAUAUGGGGUGAAUCUGCGGGUGCUUACAGCGUCGGAGCUCAUUUAGUGACAAACGAUGGAAAUAACGAGGGACUUUUCAGAGCUGCCAUCAUGGAGUCCGGUAAUGCCGUUGGACCACCUUACAACGGCACUGAGUGGCACCAGCCAAUGUAUGACCGAAUUGUUGAUAGAGCCGGAUGCACAAAUUCGUCGAACACACUCCAGUGCCUGCGCGAUCUCCCGUACGAAACAUUCUACGCUGCUGCUUACGAGGGACUUGAGUGGUUUGCCACGAUUGAUGGGAAAUUCAUCACUCAAUUUCCUCAAAUCAGCUACAAAGAGAAUAAAGUCGCCAAAGUUCCCAUUCUUCUAGGCACGAAUACAGAUGAAGGUACAAGUUUUGGUACUACGGGCACGGACACUGCUGAGCAGUGCAUUGAGCAGCUGAUAUCUUCCAAGCGGUGGGUGAUUACUCGUGAACAAGCAGUCAAUAUCCUACCACAUUAUCCAAAUAUUCCAGCUCUUGGCUGUCCCUAUGGUUGGGGUAAUGUCACCUGGCCAGAGCUGGGACUCCAAUAUAAGCGAUAUGAGUCUAUAGCCGGAGAUAUUUCAAUGGUAGCACCGCGUCGCAUGCUUGCACAUCUCAUGUCCAACUCGAUCGACAAUGUAUAUUCUUACCGCUGGGAUGUCGCGGCGCUAAAUACAUCCACAACAAUUGGAGUGCAACAUUUCGCCGAGAUUCCUUUUGUAUUUGCCAAUCCGGUACAGACCAUGACACCGCUCGGAACUGACCCUGCCCGCCUGGAGCUUGGGCAGAUGGCAGCUCGAAUGUGGACAUCCUUUGUCACACACCUGAAUCCAAACGGACAUGGAUUGAACAAAAUUCCUCAAUGGCCCCGCUAUUCUUCCAAAGCGACAAACUUUGUGUUCCGUCUCCCACGAAAUGAGAGUUAUAUUGAAGCCGAUUCCUAUCGUGCAUCUGGAAUUUCUGUUAUAAACAACAUCGCUCGGUAG